AUGCGAGUGCGUGAAGGGAUGGGUUGCGGGGAUGGCGUGGAUGUGAUGGACGCCGAUUCAAUAGAAAGAGAAGUGUUUGAGAGAAGAAUGACAGUCGUUAUGAGCACCGGUAGUGGUGGCCAACAGAGCCAACCGCCGCCACAGUCACAGCAAUCAUCGCAAUCACAUCCCAAUCAAAGCCAUCCGCAGUCGGAGACCACACACACGACGGCGCCGACCAUUGAGACCGACGGCGACCAGAGCUCCGCUCAGGCCUCCAAUGCCUCCAACGCCUGUCCGCACGCGUCCUCCAAAUUUACUGUCACUCAGAUUGCGGCCAAAACGGGCCGAAAGGGCAGCAAAACGACGAAGACUUUGUCGGAUAAUAACCUCAACAGUGAUAAUAGUGAAGACGUUUCGCACAUUUCGAGUACUAGUCAUCACAAAAGCAAUGAAUCGCUCAAUACAUCGGUCGAUAUGAUUGAGACGAACGCCGAUUGCGACGAUUUGGAGGUGAAAGAGGAGGAGUUGGGCGACAAUGAAGAGCCGGACUUUCCUGUGGACGAACUGAACAAAUUGGAUGACAUGAUCAAUAAGCCCCGUUGGGUCAUACCUGUGCUCCCGAAGGGCGAACUCGAGGUCCUUCUGGACACCACUAUUCGGUUGUGCAAACAUGGAUACGAUGUCAGAUCUGAGCCGUGCCAGAGGUUCAUCCGCGAGGGGCUCACCAUUUCGUUCACUAAAAUACUGACCGAUGAGGCCGUCAAUGGAUGGAAGUUUGAUAUUCAC